GCGUGUAUGUAUACGAAGGUUUUUUUUCGUGUAUGAUACGAAAUCGAUGGACUGACCACGAUCGCGAGGGAGCUGCAAGUGGACCGUGACAUGAGAUGACCGUUGGACGACACGAGUCGGGAAAAUCACGUUCUCGUGCCGUUUGCAAAACCGUUGAAACCCACCCGAUCGUGCAGCUUCGCGGGUAGUCUCGCUCUCUCUCUCUCUUUCUCUCUCUCUCGCAAUAUCCCAUAACACUUUCCUUUCUUGCUCGAGUUUUCCUUUUCUCCUCCCUUUUCUCGAUUUUCUUUCCCUCUCUCUCGUGUCCGCGUUCAUUCGUUCAUCUCUUCGCGUCGGAACGAGAAGGAUACACGUCGCUCCGUUCCCAAAAUCAACGUUCGUCGAUUGCUAGCUAAGCUACGAGAGACACGUAGAAAGAUAAUACCAGUCUGUGAUACUAAGCAGUACUAAGCAAUAUAUAAGCGUACAUAUAUAUAUAUAUAUAUAUAUACACGGCUAAAGGUUUAAACUCUGUGCGUGUAAUUAAGUGUGCUGAUGCUCCGUGCGUGUGUGUGCGUGUAUCUUCCUAAUCGUGUGUGUGUGCGCGAGCGAGCUGUCUAGCAACGCGCGCAUCGUGAGUUUUGUGCGUGCGUGUGUGCGUGCGUCCGUGCUGUUGCCUGUGUACAUCGUGUACGUCGAGGACGUAGGUACAGAGAUUACAUAAAGGAUCCUGAAGGAACGAUAAAUCGGAGAAGAUAUCGAUAUCCGCGCGUAGGACAUCCGUUACCCGCUACCGACGAGGGUUCACGUAAUUAGCGACGCGAUGUCCGUUGAAUCUGUGACAAGUGACAAGCAGCAGCCGCCAUCGCCGCCACCACCGCCGUCACCACCACCGCCGACGGCGACGACGACGACGACGACGACGACGGCGGCGGCGGCGGCGGCGGCGGCGGCGAUGACCGUGACCACGACCACGACCACGACUACGACCACAACCACGACGAUGACAACGAUAACAAAGAAGGAAGAAGGAGAUGAAGCAAUUAUAUCAAUGUCGGUGGCUGGAGAGGUGACCGAUACUUCGAUCAUGGAAGUAGGCCGUUCUAGACCUCAGUUUCAGUAUUCUCGGGAGGAACUGAUGCUGAUAAAAAAUUUACAAUUAUCUAAACGCCGGCCUUCAUUUUUAGAAAACGUUUAUAACAACUCACGAGGUGUUUGGGAUCCCGAACGUUGGCACUCGGACAGAAAGCGCAGCGAAACACCCCCGAAAGAGGAAAGGACUGGACGUAGUGAUCAAAUCACUGAGAAUCAUAGUAAACGACGUAGUAAUGGCGAUCCACGGGACCGAAUACGUAAGGAACAAGACGGCAUCGUUUUGAGCCCUCAGCGAAGAAGUUUUAAUUCGGGAUGUUUCGUCAACGUGAAUCAGCCGCCAAGUCGACGUCCGGAGAGUCCAAUAGGCAAAACAGAGGUUAGCCAUCGUGAACCUGUUCGUCGAAUUGGUAGCGGCAGGAUUUUGACACGGGAUAUAUGGGACUUUAGAUCGGAAGCUGAAAAGAUCGAGCCCGAGCGCGCGGAUUACGGAUUUAGAUCCGGCACGAUCGUCGGCGGCUCCCUGCGCGAUCGUGAUAACAGGGAUAAUCGUGACGCGAAGGAGCGGGACAGGGAACGCGAUCUGCGGGAGAGGGAACGCGAUCGUGACAGUUUGCGCGAACGGGACGACAGAUUCGAGCGGAGAUCAUUCGGCCGGGACUACGGGGAUCGCGGCGAGAGGGAGCGCGAUCGCGGUGACAGAGGAGUGGAGCGAAACGAGCGGAACAAUCAUCCAGCGGACCGCGACAAGGAUCGCGGACGCGAGAAGAGGUUCGGCCAUGAUCGUCGACGGACUUACAGUGAUAAUCGCGAGUCGGAUGAGCCCGAAUGGUUCAGCUCUGGACCUACGUCUCAGCACGACACGAUCGAGCUGAGAGGCUUCGAGGAUAUUCCGGAGGAGAAGGCGGUGAACGUCGGUAACUCCAAUGCCAAAAACAAGAAGCAGACUCUUGCUCAGAAGAAGCGAAACAAGAAGAACGCCACGGAGAAGGACGAGAAAUCCAGCGAGAACUCGCUGGGCCCGAAGGGACGCAGCACGCCGACCGUCAUGGAUCAGCCUAUCAACACCGUAGCGGCACCGCACUCUCCAAUCUCUGAACAGACUGAACAAACUCAAAUCAAAGAGAACGACGUUAACGAGAGCACCGUGACCGAACCGGUUAUGUCCGAGUCAGCGGAGAACUCUAGCUCGAAUCAAAAUCAAGAUGAUUCGCAUCCCGAUUUCAAUCUGGAUGAGUUUCUAAAAUCCGAUACGUUCCCGGGCGUUUCUGGACUGUUGACAAACGGAGUUGGUUCCAGCGACGGCACCGGAUCCCGAUUCAGCCAGUGGUUCAAGAGGGAGAGUCCAAUUCAACAAGCGGACAGUCGCAGAGCUUCCAUACAAGACGAAUUACUGAACAAUCUCUUGAACGACAUUACCGAACCAAACAUUCAAAUCCCAUCGGUGACGGAAUCGAACACCUACUUUGCCCCGAUUUCUCCGGCCAACACGACGAAUAAUACCAAUGCGGCCACAAAUGGUGUUAAACUGCUCGAGAUGCUACAUCGCGGUAACAAGGCAAAUCAGAAUGGUCAAAGUGACGCGGUUAACACGGCUAUUCCCAUGAUGAAGAAUUGUUCCAUCAAGGAUCUGGUCGGUGGAAAAGUCGUACACAGUUUGGAAGAAUUAGAAGCACGCAUGCGGGGUGGUGCUCCUCCACCUGCGACUUCGACUGAUACACCCCGUGUAAAUAAGACUGAAGAAGAUCUCUCUGCUUUUAAGAAACUGCUUGCUCAAGUGACUGGAGGCCAAGCUGUCCCUGCAGCUAACGGACCUAUUACUCAGAAGCAACCUGUAACGUUAAUGCAAUUACUCAACUCGCAACUGAAAACUCAACAGCCACCUAUGCCACAUCCGCAACCGCCCGCAGAACCAAUUCAUACGACAACGUUUAAUCACGUUGGACCCCUUGGUCCUGCUCAACAUCCACAUCAAGCUCAGAUGCAACAUGAGAAUCUUAUGAAAGUCUUGCAUUUACAGCAGCAACAACAACAGCAGCAGCAGCAGCAGCAGAAACAACGACAUUCCGAUAUGCUGUCAAUGAUGAUGAACAAUCAGCGAAUGAUGGGUGUUAGUCCGGUACCAGCAGAGAUGCAAAUGAUGAUAAAUAAUAUUCCGUCAAGCCAAGAACUCUUGCAACGGCCGGAGGCUCAAGCGAUUAUUCAAGGUUUACAGCAAGGAGAGAUUACUAGGCAACAUCUAAUACAACAGUUGCAAAAUCCUGCGAUGCAGCAUCGCCAUCGAGAAGUGCUAGUAAACAUUCUAAAAAUGUACGGUGGCACCACACCUCGCACUAUAAGUCCGCAUUCGCAUCCUGCUGCCGCUCCUACCGCUCAAGAUCAUAUUCUACAACAGAUGUUGUAUCAGCAACAGCAACAGAGAAUUCCAUCUCCGAUGAAUAAUGCUUAUUGUCCACCUCCAGUAAUAUCACCAAAUUUGGCCGCUAGUCCUAGUACUUUAACGGUACAACAUCCAGUGAUACCGCACAGAGUGCCCUCACCACGGGAGAUUGUUAUGCACACUCAAUCUAUAAUGCAAAGUGCUUUAAUUAAGAAGAAAUUGGAGGAACAACGUGAGAAUUUCCGCAAGCGGCAGGAUCAGCAGCAACAACAACAGCAACAACAGCAGCAGCAGCAGGUUCAACAGCGCGCGUCGAGCCCCAUUAACUCGCCAGCUAAGCAAACAGCGAGUCCGCUCGCUUUCACGCCAACCUCUGUUCUACGUAAAAUGACUGCUGACAAGGAACCUGAUGGAAGCAGCAAUGACCCAUCAAAAUUACCUACACAAACUCCGGUUUCUCAGAUGCAACAAAUUCAAUCUGCGGUUCAGUUACUCGCGCAGGGAGCUCUUUCAAGACACACCACGUUGCGACCGCAGUCUGUUCAACCGACGUGGUCGAACCCAUCACUUAAGCAACAUCCAGGUCGACCUAUAGUGAAAGGUGGUAAUAAUAGCAACACUAGCGGCAAUCAGUUCCAAUACAACGCGGGAAAUGCACAGGAUUUCCAGCAACAUCAACACAGGACAAUCUCCAACGUGUACAACAAUCCACCACGGUCGAAGCACACGAUGGCUACUUCUCUACCGCAUCACAAUGUUUCGCAAUACAACAUCGCGCAGAACUCGAUUAUGAGUCAGAGAUCGAAUACUCUAAAUACUCAAAUGAAAACAAGCCAACAAGUUCCGUCUCAUCUUGUUAAUAUGCAACAACCACCACCGCCGCCGCCGCAUGGGACUGCUAACAUACAACAAUCGGCUCAGCGGACUGUGAAUACACCGAUGCAACUUGUCAUGAACCAAAACUACAAUGCCAAUCGUGCAGAUGGUCGAACGAUGCGAUCACAGCAGUUGAACAUGGCGGUUGGCCGUCAGUCUUCACCGGGCCUUGGAUUCGUCGGUAGUAACGGGGGUGAUCUCUCGCCAACGUCUAAUCAACUCGCGCGAUGGUUCAGUCCGGAACUCUUGGCACAAGCUCGAGCCGGCAAGCUCCCGGAGCUCGCGCAGACGAACGUCCUGUCGUUGGAGGAGCUUGAAAGACUUCAACACGCAUCAACUAUAGUGCAUAACUAAAGUGAUAUACAGUAACUCGGAUUAUAAGUUUCAAUUUUACAGACGCGAAAUUCCAUGGAUAAAAAACGCAUCUACCGCUAUUGCUCGAACAGCCGAUAUUGUUCAUGAUAUGUCUAUCUUUACGUCCGAAGCACUCCUAUACGGUGUUCCAUAUAUGGAUAUCGAAUACACGCUGCUAAAUUACAGAACAUGGUGCUCACCUACGUAGGUCUUUUUAUCAAGUCUUCGUAUCGACAAGUUCAUCGAGGUAACCGCUAUAUAUCUCGAUUAAGGAAAAUCGAUUACGAUUUCGACGGUAUUUCUGUUUCGAGAUUUUUUUUCAUCGGAGAAGAUCGCCAACGUUGCUUGCGAAACCAUUUUUCCAAGAGAUUUCUCGGAAUGUUAUUAAAAAAAAAUUACAAAUGUACAGGAGAUAGUGUAUGAUAUUAAGAACGCGAAGCGGGAUCGUUUAAUGGAUAAGGAUGAAGCAAACAGCUUUCUACGAUGAUGUAUUGCUUAUAAGACUGAAAAAAAAUGAAAAUUCUUAUUGUUGAUUAUGACGAGCUGUUAGAGCUUGAUAUGUGUGCUUUUUAAGUGACAACACGAUGAACUCUAUUUGCCUAAGAUAGGACUGCAAGUUUCGUGCCUCGGUAAUGUUUCAAAAAUUAUUUCGCAAUGCAAGUAAUUAAUUUCAAUGUGCGUUUAUUCUCAAUAUAUUUCACUUCAUUUCAUCUCGUUUUGUCGUUGGUACUUGUAACGUACAAUUGCAACUAAUAUUAUGAGGAUGCAUUAGGAUCGUAUCAUGCAAUAUUUUGUAUUAAAAGUAUGGUUUAACGAUUAUUUUCUCUUAGUUCUCUGAGUAACAAAACAGAAUAAUUUCCUACCAUUGUCACCAAGCGCGCGCGCGCGUGUUGUGUGUGUGUGUGUGUUAAGUAUGAUGUCCAAUGUACAACAAUUUACCACCAGCAGCAAUGGAAUAUACGUUCAAUCUAAUAUUAUUCACAGAAUGCAUCGCUCGCUUAUUUACGAUAGAACUUGCAAACUCUCUUAGGCAAAUAAUUACGUAAGCUCCUUGAACUUGUGAUUUACCAGCCGAUUGCAAGUGCACGGGAUGAGAGUGUCAUACAUAAUCUUCUACACGUAUUAUCGCGAACGAUGCAACUUUAUUAACACUAAAAGACCAUACAAGAUAAAAUGAUAAACAUAACACUCAUCAAUAUAUACAUAUACAUACACACAUAUAUAUGUAUAUAUUGAAAUUACAUAUAUAAUAGGUACUUUUCUCGUAGAAAAGCAUGUGAGGUUGCAGUAUCAUUAUCCUGAUCGAAAAUGGUAGAUAGACUGAAAUGUCCAAGAAUAUUCUCAGAAAAUAUGUAAAAGAGUCAAUCGCGGAGUUCAUUAAGGGACAACAUUCCACCAGCCUAGAGAGAGAACCAAAUUAAAUUAAACAAGAUAUCUCUGCGAGUUUGUAAAGUCUGUCGAACUGUUGCCAACGUAUGUUUACGAUUUAAUUUUCCUAAUUUAGUCUUUCCGAUCUGAUUGAUAUCGCGUGAUGACAAUUUCAUUAUAAUUGCAAACGGAGUAUUAUGUGAGGCUAGUUAUUAAAACUACAAUACUAUCAAGGGCUUACUUUGCCGUAUGUUUCGGAAGGAUAGCGUUGCUUACUAUUUUACUACGUACAUACAUUGGAGUCUCAUCAUGCGCGCAUAAUUGCAUUUUUCUUUUUCCACGGUUCAUUGCAGACGCACGCGCAAUUAAAUUUAUUAUUUUUUUUAAUUAUACUUUGGAAGAGACAAAAUAAUUUGCAAAAAUUAUUGCAUUGAAACAUUUGUCCGCGUCUUUUAUUUUUUUUUUUUUUUUCUAAUUGCAUGGCAUUCAUAUCGACGCAUUUUAUAUAUUCAAAUUUAUAGUCAUUAAUUAAUUACAAUCAACAGUUUUUAUUUUACUGCAUAUGAUAUUUUCUUUUUAUAAAAGCAUGUAACUCUAUAAGGACUUAUAUCAGAAACAUGAGAUCCAUUUACUUAACACAAACACUUGUUUAACAAUCCAGCAAAAAGAUAAUAAGUAAAAUUCUUUAGAUUUAUACAUAUAAAAUUAUAAGCUUAUUUAUAUGUAAUAUCACUAAUUUCAAAAAAUGCCAUAAUAACAUAACUUUGAGAAAAUUAUACAACUCAAAGUCUUUUAUAUCAGAUAUAGCAAAAACGUUACAUUUCUGAUUACAUCGAUCUAGAGACCCUCUAAUAAGAGUCUGGCCAUAAGCGAUUUGGUCAAAAUCGUGCGAGAGAGAAAGAUAUAUAUAUAUAUUCGCUACGCAUGUGCUCACGCAUGCGCUACAGAUAGUCCACGCUACAUUUCAAUGAGUAUAACUCAUUUUGAGUAUAACUCAUCUUGUAGUAUAACUCAUCUUAUAGAAAGAUGAGUAUAAUUCAUCUUUCUCUCUCGCACGAUUUUGACCCAAUCGCUCUUAUGGCCAGACUCUUAUUAGAGGGUCACUACAUCGAUCCAUAUGCAUGCUGUUACUAUUAUAGCUAUGCUUUUUGUUUUUAGAUAUGAAAGAUUAAUAUGAAUUACAAUCCUUUAAACACUUGUUAUCCAAUCUAUAAAAUUGCCUCAACAUAGUGAUAUAAUGUAAAGGACAGUUUACUAUUAAGCUUUGUUCGUAACGUCUGCCUGUGUUCAAUAAUCUCGCAAAUGUGGAUUAAUAUAUUAAUAUAUAUGGAAAUAUAUAUUAAUCAAUGCGCUCAGAAAACGGGGAAAGUGAGCAUGUUAGAGAGAGACACUGCAUGUAAAUGACUCAUAAAUAUGACACUAUAGCAUACAUACGUUAAACAAAUUAAAUUACAAUUACAGAAUUUAAGGCGUCUGCAUUGCAACGAAAGUUGCUCUGAGUGAAAUCUGAAAAAUGCAGAACGGCAUUAUGGGACUCUAACAUCGCGCUAACUGUAUUUGUCGCGUUUGUUGUAGAAUCA